AUGGAAACAAGUCCAGUAAAUUUGAGAUCUGAGAGUAAAAGUAAGCAUAUAGAAGACAGAAGCGUACCAGAAGAGAAAAAAGAUUUAGAAACUAUACAAUCUGAAGAAAAUGAAAAUAGUAAAGAACUUGAUGAUUUAUCAGCGUGUGAUGCGGUUCCUAUAGGGAAAGACAAAAAGGGAUCUUCCGAAAACCCAAAGAAUAUGGAAUUGUUGGACGCAAUGAACAAACUGCUUGACAAUAUGAAUAACCUAAAGGUCAAAUCAACGAUCGAAACUAAAGAACCGGAAUCCUCUGAAGCUCUCAAACCAGAUACAAAUACAGAAAAUGUGAAGAGUGCCUUGAAUGCAGAAGGCUGUGGAGUUGCCCCAACUAAUGUUACAGUGCAGAAUCUACCUCCUUUACGGUUUCAUAGAGUCCAUGGCGAGUAUAUUAAGAUUUCUGACGACUAUUGUACUGCUCGACCAGACAUAUCAGCAAUACAAAACAACCAAUCACUUCCAGGCUACCAAAAAUAUAUUGUGUUCAGCUCCAGGCCCAUCGCUAUUGGUGAGAAGGUGUACAUGCGGCUGGAAACAGUUCCAAAAACAUUCCUGGAAUACUUCGGCUUUGGCAUUACCGAAUGUAAUCCGUACACCAGAGUCGACCUUAAUUUAAAUAACAGUUUAAAUUAUUUUUCAAACAACUUUUCUAAUAAGAAUAAUACCCACUAUUUCUGCGUGGAGCCGUCUGGAAUGGUGGGUGUAUCAUUCAUUGAUUCUCCAAAUAAUAAUGAAACUGAAGAGUUAAAACCUCUGAGUUUAGAGAAGCCUUUACCACCGACUACUAAUGCUUUAACUGAUCUCGGUAAGAAUAAUCAGAAAUGGGAUAUUAAAGAAGAAGAAACUAAACUGAAACCAGAUGGGGAAGCAGACUUAGAGAAGAAGACAGUAGGAAAUGAAGAAAGUGAAAACGCAGCACUUGGCGGAGAUAGUGGAGUGGCCGACACCAAUGUCACAGUGCAGGAUCUACCUCCUGUACGCUUUCAUAGAAUCCACGGCGAAAAUAUUAAGAUGUCUAACGACUAUUGUACGGCACAACCAGUCAUAUCAGAACUAUCAGAAAUGGAGAAAGACGCACCAUUUUCAGGCCAACAAAAAUAUAUGGUGUUUACCUCCAGGCCCAUCGCUAUUAAUGAGAUGGUAUACCUACGCCUGGAAACAGUUCCAAGGUCAUUCGUGGAUCUCUUUAGACUGAAAAAGCUACUUGACGAUGUCAGUAAUCUUAAUCUUAAUUCAACAAUGGACAAAGAAAAACCGAAGUCCUCUGAAGCUCUCAAACCAAUAACAGAUACAGAAAAACUGAAGAGUCCCUUGAAUGCAGAAGGUAGUGGAAUCGCACCCACCAAUGUCAGAAUGGACAAUGAUCUACUUCCCCUACGGUUUUAUAGAAUCCAUGAAAAUAUCAAGAUCUCUGACGAUGACCGUGCCUCACAACCUGUAAUAAUAAACGAUAAAUCGUAUUUAGCAGCCUAUGACUGUGUCCUAUUUAGCUCCAGGCCUGUCGCUAUUAAUGAAAAGGUCUACCUACGCCUAGAAACAGUUUCAAGGAUAUACUGGGAUCACUUCGGCUUUGGUUUUACUGAUUGCGAUCCGAAAACCAUAGUUAACCUUAAAGAAAAACUGGCAUCCUCUAUGGCUUUUAAACCAAAAACAAAUAUAGAAAAUGCCAAGAGGCCCUUGGAAGAGGAAGAUUGCGCCCUUUCCUCUACCGAUGUUGCAAUGAACGUUCUAACUCCACUACGUUUUCAUAGAGUCCACGGCCAGGCUGUAAAGAUCUCUAACGACUAUUGUACUGCAAGUGUGAUACUAAAAGAGCAGCCUUUCUUAGUGACUCAUGAAGGUUUCGCCUUUAGCUCCAGGCCUAUAGCUAUUAACGAGAAGGUGUAUCUACGUCUUGACAAAGUUUCAAGACCCUACAUAGAUCCCUUUGGUUUUGGCUUUACUGAUUGUGAUCCGAACAUCGUUGGCGACCUUCUGCCCAGGCUCUGUCGAUUCAGAACCUGCAUCUUCGGCAAUUGCUUAAAUUAUUUACCAAACAACUUUGGUAGUGAAGGAAAUAUUUUCUAUUUUUUCCUGAAGCCUUCUGGAGAGGUGUGUUACGGGAUAAACUAUAAAGAUAUGGGAUGUGUAUCUAAAGUAUCAAAUGUCAAGAUGCCUUUCUGGGGAUUAAUAAAACUAUCUAAUGACAUUUCUUCUGUGAAAUUAAUGGAAUCUUUAGAAGGAAAUAAGACUGAAGACUUAAAAUCUCUAAGUGAACAAAAGCUUUUACAAUUAUUUCCUAUAAAAAUAAAUAUCGAAAGUAAAGAAAAUCAAAAAACUGACAUCAUAUUGAAGUCGACUGCGCCUGCACGUGGAAUAUCAACAGAGAAGCCAACUGACUUCUGGAGUAACGGAACUGCUUUUAAUUUAACUUUUCUAAAGAAUCUCCGUGACUUAUGUUUUCAUUCAGUCCAUGGAAAAUAUAUCAAACUAUCACCCGAUAAAACUAUAGCAAAAUGUGAGAUGCCUGCUAUUGAACCUUAUCAUGUGACUCACGAGUGCUACGUCUUCAGCUCCAGGCCUGUUGAUAUCAACGAGAAAGUGCACCUUAAAUUGGAAACAGUGUCAAAAAAAUACAUUAACGCUUUUAGUUUCGGUUUUACCGAUUGUGACCCAAGCAUUAUACCGAACAUUAUGAAUAGACUUUGUCAAUCCAGUCCCUGUAUUUUUGGAAACUACCUAACUGCUUUAUCACGCCAAUACUGUGUGAAAGACAAUUAUAUGCAUUUCUACGUAAAUACUUUAGGAGAAAUACAUUUUGGGAUAAACGAGGAAGAAAAAGGUGUUUGCUACCGAGGAGUUAACACCAGUUGUCGUGUUUGGGCUGUUAUCAAAGUUACCAAUUGUGUUUCAUCCGUAAGACUGGAAAGAAAAAAACAGGAUUCCUUCAAAUCAUUUUUCGCGGGAGAAGUAUCAUCUAUACUAAAGGCUUCAUCAACUGCUAAAGAAGAAGAAAUAGGAGCGUCGAGCAAAUAUACAAAAAGUGACGGUGAUGACGAGAGAAAAAAUAGUCCAGCAAACUGUAAUAUGCUCACUGGAAAGCUAAGAACAGAAACUACAACUAAUACUAAAGGACAAACUCUAUUCGACUGGGGGGUAGAAAGUACUGUGAAAACUGAACCUGAAUUCGAUGAGACUGAAUCAAAGACAGCACAGACAAGUGAAGAAGCAUUCACAUCAAUUCUUCUACCUAGCACGAGUGCAAAGAUAAAUCAACCGACAUUUUCUACCGAUGUCGAAAAUAUUCCAGAAUCAGCCGAUUAUGGUGUAAAACAGUUCGCUAAAAUAGUUGAAUAUCAAUUGCAUAGAAUACCAGAACACAGAAGAAUGAAAUAAGUAUGCUUAGAUGCCGAGACGGUGAUGCGACCGGUGUCACCACUUCAAAGAGAACCGGUAGUAAGAUUUGUACUCAGAGGCGCGCAUGCCAGAAGGUUCACCUUGUGGACAAAAAUAAAAAAAGAUUGCACAACCUCCCACGUCGAUGUUGCAAUGGACGUUCUAACUCCACUACGUUUUCAUAGAGUCCACGGACAGUCCAUAAAGCUCUCUAACGACUUUUGUACUGCGCAAAUUGCUACACCAAAAGAGAAUACUUUUUUCCUGACCCACGAGUGUCUGGCCUUCAGCUCUAGGCCUGUAGCUAUUAACGAGAAGGUAUACCUACGCCUAGAAUCACUUCCAAGGUCAUUACUGGAUCUCGUACACUUUGGCUUUACAGAUUGUGACCCGAACACUAUAGCUGACCUUAAGUCUUUAAUAAUACUAACUCAUAAUGUAACUACUGUAAAAUUUAUUGAUUCUCCAAAAGAAAAGGAAACUGAAGAGUUGAAACCUCCGAGUAUAGAGAAGCCUUUACUACCGGCUACAAAUGCUUUAGAUGAACCGAAGAAACAGUUUGGCAAUAUCAGUAACCUAAAGCUCAAUUCAACAAUGGAUACAGAAGAACCGGAAUCCUCCAAAGCUUUACAACCAGAAACAAACAUAGGAAAUGCGAAGAGACCCUUGGAACCAGAAGAUUGCGCAACCUCCCACGCCGAUGUUGCAAUGGACGAUCUAACUCCACUACGUUUUCAUAGAGUCCACGGACAGUUUAUAAAUAUUUCUAACGACUAUUGUACUGCACAAAUUGCACCAGAAGAGGAGGAGAAGAGUUAUUCACUGACCCGCGAAUGUGUCGCCUUCAGCUCUAGGCCUAUAGCUAUUAACGAGAAGGUAUACUUAAGAGUAGAAAAAGGUCCAAGCACGUAUAAAGAUUACUCAGGCUUAAGCAUUAGAGAUUGUGAUCCGAACACUUUAGCCGACCAUCAGUAUUGGCCACAUCUCGAAACGACGACAUAUUUUGAGAGCUAUAACUUUGAUGACAAAUACUUUAUCUGCCAUUUCUGUGUGAAGCCAUCAGGAGAAGAUGAACCGAAGAGACAGUUUGGCAACAUCAAUAACCCAAAGUUAAAUUUAACAACGGAUAGUGAAAAUUCGGUAUCCUCUAAGGCUUUUAAUCCCUUGGAAGAAGAAGAUUGCGCAACUUCCGAUCGAUUUGCAAUGGACGAUCUAACUCCACUACGUUUUCAUAGAGUCCACGGAGAGUCCAUAAAGCUCUCUAACGACUUUUGUACUGCACAAAUUGCGAUACCAAAAGGGGAGGAGGAGGAGAGUUAUCUCUUGAUCAGCGAAUGUGUCGCCUUCAGCUCUAGGCCUAUAGCUAUUAACGAGAAGGUAUACUUAAGAGUAGAAAAAGGUCCAAGCACGUAUAAAGAUUACUCAGGCUUAAGCAUUAGAGAUUAAAAGGAAACUGAAGAGUUGAAACCUCCGAGUAUAGAGAAGCCUUUACUACCGGCUACAAAUGCUUUAGAUGAACCGAAGAGACAGUUUGGCAACAUCAAUAACCCAAAGUUAAAUUUAACAACGGAUAGUGAAAAUUCGGUAUCCUCUAAGGCUUUUAAUCCCUUGGAAGAAGAAGCUCUGCGCACAUCUUACACGGGCGGUACUCCAAACAACCUUCCGCCCCUCAGCUUUCACUCCGUCCACGGGAAGAAUGUCAGAGUUUCAAGAGACGGUUCCAUGGCCCGACGCGUGGAGUCCUUCUGCAAAGGCAUCACGUUCAGUGCAAGGCCGGUUAGAGUCAAUGAGAAGGUCUGCCUUCGCUUCGUCGAGAUCUCAAACAGAUGGGAAGGUGGCAUCAGAUUCGGAUUCACCAACCAUGAUCCUGCUGCCUUAGCCCACUCGUUACCCAAUUCCGCAAGUCCCGACUUAACCGAGAAGCUCGGCAACUGGGCCCAGCCUUUAAACAAUAGAUUCAUGGAGCAAGACAAUAUCGUGUACUACUAUGUAAAUUCCUCUGGUGAUAUCCAUUUCGGUGUAAACGGAGAAGACAAAGGACUAUUUUUCUCAGGAAUAGACACAAGGAGUCCACUCUGGGCCCUAGUAGAUGUUUAUGGUAACUGUAUUGCUGUCCAAUUCGCUGACCCAAGAGCCCUCAGCCAGAUUAAGAAACACAGUCCUAUGGAAGAAGAAAGACUAGUCGGAAGCAUGAGAUCAUUGACUAUAGAGGAAUCGUUACCUCCACUAAGAUAUCAGAAUCCUUUAGUACCUCUAAGUCUGCAUAGGACUAAAGGCAGAAACGUACAGUUUAUCAAUGAUAGAGGUGUCGCAGCGAGAGCUGAUGCCGAAUUUUGCCAAGGAUAUGUAUUCACAGCUCGUCCAAUGUGUCUAGGACAAACCAUUGUUAUCCAGAUUUUGGCCACAGAAUCAGCCUACGUUCGCAGCUUAGCUUUUGGUCUAACAUCCUGCGACCCUGCAACUUUAAGACUGUGCGAUUUACCUGAUGAGUCUGAGUUAUUAUUGGAUCGACCAGAAUAUUGGGUAGUACAAAGAGAUGCUGCUAAUGCUUUAAGAACAGGAGAUGAACUGGCUAUCACAUUAACUUUAGAUGGAGAAGUACGCGUCAGCAGAAAUGGAUGUACUGCAGUUACAGUAAUGCAUGUGGACCACACAGUAAGACUUUGGGCGUUUGUGGAUAUUUAUGGAGCUACACAGAAAGUGAGGAUGUUGAGUACGCAAGUGCCUCAGCCAGCGCAGACCCCUCCUCAACAGCUACGCGUGUUGACUGGUUCAGCAGCUCCGAUUAAUGCCGGUGCUGGUGGCACAGUCCAACUGCCUAAUGGACACUCCGAGCCUCCGAGACUCGUAGAGAGGUUACCUAGUGGCCCAUCCACGAGCCGCCACCAACCCAUCUAUUCAGUAAUAGGCGAAGAAAACUUAACGGGGACCGAGUGUACUAUAUGCUAUGAAAAUCCAAUAGACAGUGUUCUGUACAUGUGUGGGCAUAUGUGUAUGUGUUACAGGUGUGCCGUCCAACAAUGGAGAGGCAAGGGGAGUGGCCAGUGCCCCUUAUGUAGAGAGCAAAUCAAAGAUGUUAUACGUCCAUACAAGUCCUGA